AGGGUGUCUGUCUCUCAUCGUCCGCGGUCAGCCACACGCUCGCUCGAAACCCCCUCAGCACGCCUCGGUCUCUUUCGUUCGGUAAAAAGCGAGAUUUGAGGAGAAUAAUAUCUUUGGAGUGUGUUCGUUCUCCUUUGUAUGUGAAACUCGUUUGGUAUUAUAUAUAUUUUUUCUCACGGAUGCUUUGAUCUAUUUUUUUUUUUUUUAUAAUUUGUGUGAAGUGAAUUCGAGAGAAAAAAGAGGGGGGGAGAGUAAUUUUUGGUGUCGGUUUUGCGAUCGAAAAGUGAUUUGUAAAUAAUAUUUGGAAGAUUGAUCUUAAUAUUAAUAAAAGCAGUUAUUAUAAGAGAAGAAAAGAAGAAAAGAAAAGAAAAGAGGAAAAUCGAAUUUGAAAAGAACAACAGCUCAUCCAAUUGAGAAGAAAAAGUUGCAGUGAUUUUAUUUGCCUUUGUGUUCAUUCUGUAUUAGAGAUAUAGAUAUAUAUAGAUAACCCCCCCCCCCCUACCCCACACACCCACCCCAAUAUCUUCGUUGUAAAUUUCAUGUUCGUUAAUCGAGUCAGUGAUGCACGUGAUAAAGUGACUCGCCAAGGAAGUACCGAGUAUGUUACGAAGAUGGUGAACCUCGGACAGCCAAGAAUGCAGACGUCGCGACGCUGGCGACCUCAGUGUGGGAUGCACGGCUCGUCUCGCGGGUCGAGCCUCCUACUCCUGCUGCCUUUCCUGCUGACGCUCCUGCUCAUGCUCCUGCUGGCCGCCACGCCCUCUGCUGCUGAGGUCCUGCAAGGUGAGUCUCCUGCUGUCCCCGCGAACACCUCCUUCACCUCCUCGACGCCCAUCCUUUUCCAAGAGGAGGACGUCGAGGGCGUGCUGGGGGAGGAGGAGGAAGGGGGACAACAAGAAGCGAGGGGCGGGUCGGACAAGGAAGUAGAAGAAGAGAUAGAAAGGAUAGAAAGCGAGGAACACGAUCACGAGGGACGUGGAGACGCGGCUGUGGACGUCGAGGAGAUGAUCACGUACACUGGCGACGUCCAGGAUGACUCUCCCUUGCUGUUAGACGAGGACUUUCUUCCUCCGGUGACGAGCCUGGACGAGGAGAGGCCCGAGACUCCCAUGCCCGAAGGCUGCUCCUCGCCGCUGGGCCUGACGACGGGCGAGGUCCUGGACUGGCAGAUCUCCGCCUCCUCGUCUUACCCCUCGUCGUGGGACCCGGGAUGCCACAUCAAGUACGCGCGCCUCCACCAGCCCAACGGGAGGGCCUGGUGCGCCGGCAGGAAGGCGGCGGGGGAGUGGGUGCUCGUCGAUCUGGGCGUGCCGGCGAAGGUGACGGGCCUCCUGACGCAGGGAAAGGCCGACGACGAGGAGUGGGUCACGUCCUUCGAGCUCUCCUACUCCCUGGACGCCUACCACUGGCACUACGCGAAGGACAUCUACAACAACAAGAAGGUGUUCCAGGCCAACGUCGACUCCCACGAGACUCGCCACAACUACGUGGAGCCGCCGGUCGUGGGUCGCUUCGUGAGGCUGCACGUGAUCGACUGGCACACGCACCCGUCUCUCCGGCUUGAGCUGCUUGGAUGCCAGGAGUGUAAGGCCAUCAUCAGCGAGGGGUCCCACGUGCAGCUGUCGGCGAGUUCGUACAUGCCGUGGCGUCGUCGGAAGUCCUGCCAGCCGAAGGACGCCGCUCUCCACUCCCACAGGGCUUGGUGCGCCCGCAGGAACAACGAACACCAGUGGCUUCAGUGGGACCUUGGGCCUCCCCACCUCGUGACAGGGGUGAUCACGCGAGGCAGGGGUGACAAGGGGAGGAAGCACUGGAUCCAGGCGUACACACUCACCUACUCCAACGACUCCAAGGUUUGGUUCACCUACAAGGACGGCAACCAUUUGGAUACCAAGGUAUUCGGAGGCAACCUGGACAAGCACACGGAGAGGAGACACUACCUCAACACGCCCUUCAAAGCUCGCUACAUUCGCCUCCACCCACGGCGCUGGCACAGGGCGAUAGCGGUGCGGGCGGCCCUGUUAGGGUGCCCGCAUAAGGGCGACUGCGGCCCUGGGUUCUUCAGGGUGACACCGGAUACCAGUUGCAUCGAAAACAUCGCGUUCAAGGGCAAGACAUGGGUAAACGACAAGAGACACCAGUGGUCGGGCUGGGACUACGGGCCGUCCACGCUGGCGGUCGAUGGCAACCUCGACGCCAGCCUACGGUCGUGCUCCAUCAUCGACAAUUAUUAUGUGGAUGAACCCGUGUGGAUGGUGGAUUUAGGCAAGAGGAAGCCCAUUCGUGGAUUGGUUAUCCUCACGUGGCAGGGGCGUGGACAAGACCAGCAGACGCUCUACCGCGACUACGUGUUCGGCCUCGACCGCCUCACCGUGUAUGUGGAGAACCAGGCCCGGAUUGACUCCCCCAACUCGCAGGACCACAAGAAGUGCGCCUCCGUCACCAGGCUCAACAACGCGCUCUUCAGAGAGCGCGUGCACAUGGAGUGUCCGCAGCCAAUGAAAGGUCGCUACAUCUACAUCAAGGCCGGAGGAGUCGCGAACCGCUGGCACAGAGUCUUCUCGCUCGUCUUGUGUGAGGUCAUGGUCUACUGAGAGAAAGAGAAAGAGGAAGAGAGAGAAACACAGAGAGAGAGAGAAAGAGAGAAUAGGAAGAGAAAGAAAAAGGGAUAAAGAAACAGGAAGAGAAGGGAUAAUGGGUUUACUGAAAGAUAAGGAAAAGUAUGAGAGAAUAAAGAAAAAUAUAGAUAAAAAGGGAUAAAGGAAGAGCAAGAAAAUGGGAUAAAGAAAUAGGAAGAGAAAGAAAAUGGGAUAAAGAAAUAGGAAGAGAAAGAAUAAAGGAUUUACUGAAAGAUAAGGGAAAGUAUGAGAGAAGAGGAAAAAUAUAGAGAAAAAGGGAUAAAAAAAGAAAGAGUAAGUAGUGUGCAUUGAAAGAUUAAGAAAAGAAAUAUUAAUAUGACGAAGAGUGUUAGGGAGAAAAAUGAAAAGAAAAAAAAUAUACAAAUAUAAAUUAAAAAUG